AUGGGAUUGAAACUGAGAGGGGAGAUUUAUCCCAAGCCUGAGAACGCCAUCACCAUCGCCGUGUCCUCGCGGCGCUUUUCCGGCUCUCAGCCCAAGCCUGAGAACGCCAUCACCAUCGCCGUGUCCUCGCGGGCGCUUUUCCGCAUGGAGGAGGAGCAGAAGAUUUACAGUGAGCAAGGGGUGGAGGCCUAUGUGAAGUACCAGCUGGACCAUGAGAACGAGCCCUUCCUCCCUGGGGCUGCCUUCCCCUUCGUCAAGGCACUGGAGGCAGUGAACACGCAGCUGCGGGAGCUCUACCCGGAGAGUGAGGAGCUCUUUGACAUCGUCCUCAUGACCAACAACCACGCCCAGGUUGGGGUGCGUUUGAUCAACAGCAUCAACCACUACGGUCUGUUCAUUGAGAGAUUCUGCAUGACUGGAGGGAACAGCCCCAUCUGUUACCUCAAGGCCUAUCACACCAACCUCUACCUCUCCUCUGACGCCGAGAAAGUGAGUGGGGCCAUUGAAGAGGGGAUUGCUGCAGCCACCAUCUUCAGCCCCAGCAAAGACCUGGAGGUGUCAGAGAACCAGUUGCGGGUGGCGUUUGAUGGCGACGCUGUGCUCUUCUCUGACGAGUCGGAGCAGAUCGUGAAGGCUCAUGGCUUGGACAUGUUCUUUGAGCACGAAAAGGCUCACGAGAACAAGCCUCUGGCACAGGGACCCCUGAAGGGUUUCCUGGAAGCCCUGGGGAAGCUGCAGAAGAAGUUCUAUUCCAAAGGGCUGAGGAUGGAGUGUCCCAUCCGUACCUACCUGGUGACUGCCAGGAGCGCUGCCAGCUCGGGCGCCCGCGCCCUAAAGACUCUGCGCAGCUGGGGCCUGGAGACAGAUGAGGCUUUGUUCCUGGCCGGGGCUCCCAAGGGGCCUCUGCUGAAGAAGAUCCGUCCUCACAUCUUCUUUGAUGACCAGAUGUUCCACGUGGAGGGUGCCAAGGAGCUGGGCACCGUGGCUGCCCACGUCCCCUACGGCAUCGCCCAGAAGCCCAAGCGGCCGGCGCAGGAGAAGUCGACCCCCAACAGCAAGUAGAGGAGCUGG